AUGGAGGGAGUCGAGAUUUAUAUUUCUCACUUUAUAAGAAAUAGAAAGGAGCUUAACCUUCUUAAUGAAAGAGUAGUUCAAAGGUAAUAUGGACUGUAUGAAGAAAAUAGGGAUUAGUGGGAAACCCCUAGAAACAUAAAAGUGAGCAUGGAGGCCAGUCAAUUUGUGUAUGCUGUAUGGAUAAGAUUAGAAAAUCCCUCAAAGAAUGAAUGGGCAUUGGAGAAUACAAUAAGAAACUAAGGGAUCGGCAACAGUAAUGAACAUAUAUUUAUUAUGAGAUACAAAUCAUUCGUUCUUUUAUUUAUUAAAAAGGAGUUACUUUCGUUGGGUUGUCAUUUCAAAAGAUUACUUUAGAAAUCUAUGUUUCUUUUAUUGUGAAGGCUGCUCACAAUUACAACUAAUCCUUAUUAAAGUAAGAAUCUUUAACAAUCUUCAUGAUAUCAAAUACGUCAGAUAUAAGUAGUUUGAAAAUCUCAUAUUUAAUUAAAAUUAGAAUAUAUAUAAAAAAGCUUCAUAAUUUUAUUAGCAAAAGCCUAAAAAUUUAGGGAUUUAUAAAAAUUAAAAAUAAUUGACUUCAAAUCUAAUCUGUUCCAUUCAGGCUAAGGCAAAUUAUGAAAAAGCUGAAGUUUGUCCUUCUUAUUACUUUAUUAUUGAAAAUAAUAAAGGCUGA